ACACUAGGAGUAUGCCUUAUGGUGCAUUGUAUUCACAAAUUCACGUUCACAUCAGAGAACACUGACUCUCACGCACAUUCUCUGAAUCUCUCUCUGUCUUCUAUGUCUAUCUAUCUACUUGGUCCACAAACCGCAUAACACUUUUGUUCUUGUUCUUUUUUGAUCCAUCCAAUUUCGUUUCUUUUCCUUUUCCUUUGUUUCAAUUCGCAACAACAUCCUAGUAACAAUCUUCUCCUAAAUCAACGCACUUUUCUUCAGUUACUUCUUCGAUUGAUGGGCUAUAACCUUGUUGUUCUUCUUCUUCCUCCAUGGCAAUGCAAUUGCAAAUCUCUUUCUCUCUUCCUCUUUUUCUAAACUUGAUCCUUCAUCGACCACCCAUUAACGCCCUUCAUCUUCUCCUCAUCUUUCUCCAUACUCUUUUAUAGCCAUCAAUCACUUUUUUUCACCCACCCAUCAAUUUUUUUUAAUCUUUUUUAUUGAUUCAGUGAAAAAAAUUGAAUCUUUUUGGUUAAUUUGAAUACCCUUUUGAAUUUUAAUGGCGUCUGUAUUGGUUUACCAUGUUGUGGGAGAUUUGACGGUUGGAAAACCAGAGUUGGUUGAGUUUCAUGAGACAGAAACGGUGGAAUCUGCAAUAAGAGCAAUAGCGGAAUCACCGGAAGGGAGUAUACCUGUUUGGAAGAAGAGAUCUCAAGGUGUUAUUGAGAAUAGUGAUAUGAGACAGACGAGAUUUGUUGGUAUUCUUAGUUCAUUUGAUGUUGUUGGGUUUUUGGCUAAGAGUUCAUGUUUGGAGGAUCAAGAUAAGGCUUUGAAGACACCUGUUUCUGAAUUUGUUGUGAGAAAUAAUUAUUUGCUUAAGUUGGUUGAUCCUGGAACAAGGUUGAUAGAUGCACUGGACAUGAUGAAGCAAGGCGUGAAGCGUUUGCUUGUUCCUAAGAGUAUUGUAUGGAAGGGCAUGAGUAAGCGUUUCUCAGUUAUCUACCACGGCAAGUGGCUCAAGAAUCCCGAAUCUCCUAGCAGCAGCAACAACAAUCUAUCUGUAAACCUAAAUGGAAACACCUCAGCUUCUAUUCGUGAUAAGUAUUGCUGUCUCUCCAGAGAAGACGUACUCCGUUUCAUCAUCGGUUGUCUUGGAGCACUAGCUCCGAUCCCUCUCACUUCCAUCGCUGCGCUUGGAGCAAUUAAUCCAAACUACAGCUAUAUUGAAUCCUCCACUCCCGCACUCGAAUCAACUCAAAAGGUUCUUCAAGAUCCAAGUGCAGUUGCAGUAAUAGAAAGCAUGUCAGACGGUCAGUGUAAAAUCAUUGGAGAAAUUUCAGCAAUCAAAUUAUGGAAAUGUGAUUACUUAUCCGCCGCAUGGGCUUUAGCGAAUCUCUCGGCAGGACAGUUUGUUAUGGGAGUUGAAGAUAAUGUUACCCCAGGGUCACCUCCUGAUCUCUGCAUCAAUCCUGGAGCAGAUAAUGAUUUGGUUAACGGCGGCGGUGGUUCGAGAAAACUGAAGAAAUUCAGCAGCAGGAGUAUUGGAUUCUUUAGUAAUUCUCCAAGCAAUAGCUUUGGUUCGAGGAGCAUGUUUCGAGGUAGAAGUACGCCUUUGACAUGCAAAAUGACCAGUUCAUUGGCUGCAGUCAUGGCUCAGAUGCUAUCUCAUAGGGCAACUCAUGUUUGGGUGACUGAGGAUGAGAAUGAUGAUGUUUUGGUUGGUGUGGUGGGAUAUGCUGAUAUAUUAGGUGCUGUGACCAAACCACCAACAAUCUUCAUUCCUGCUAAUAAACCUAUUGAAGAGUUUGGUAAUGAAAUUCAGUGUUGAAUUUUGUUUUUGCCUUAAGUUCUUUCAAUGAGAGUGCCUUUAGCAGUUGUUACUUGUUUGGUGCUAAAUUAUAUCUCAUAAUACAUUCAGACUUAAAAUGAGUUUUUGUUGUUUGCUUCCAGACAAGUUUUUAUUAUUUGAUAAUGGCAAUAAAAUGGAAUAAGUAAUGUUUGAAUGUGCUA